UGAUGAUGGUGGGAGUGGCUUGCUGUCACGGAAAUUUUUAUUUACUUCCUCCGUCAGAGAUAUGAAAUAAUCCGGGGGCUUGAGAGGGGAAUCGCGCAAGUACGUGUGUCAAAGCAAACGUCAUGCUGGAAUUUACUGCGUUGAUUGUUAUAAAUAAUGCCAUUCCUUUUAGUGCUUGAUCGUCGUUCUGAAUCUGAAUAAGCUUAUACAGCCUACUACCAAUUCACUGUGACCUGCGCAAGUUAACACUAUGCAUCUCUCUUUAUCCACUUUGGUUUCCGGGCUCUUGAGCCUAAGUGCCGUCACAAGCGCGUUACCCAAUCUUGGGUUGGCCAAGAGGGAUUCCCGAACCAGUCCUCCAAGCGGAUGUUUGACGGUUGGCAGCGGUGGAACCUAUAGUACUAUCACCGCUGCACUUACUGCCCUUGGUGCGGGUAGUAGCACUUCGACUGCUUGCAUUUUCAUCUAUGCUGGUACCUAUGCGAGCGCGAGCACCGACCAGGUUUAUAUCAACUAUAAGGGUGCUCUCACUCUGUAUGGUUAUACCACGAAUAUUGGCUCCCAAAAGUCCAAUGUGGUGACCUUCACUCGCAACAUCAACUCCGCUACAGCCGGCAGCCUCGACGCCUCUUCAACUUUCAACAUCGUCAGUUCCAACUUCAAGGCCUACAACAUCAACUUCAAGAACCUCUACGGAAAGGGUGCCCAAGCCGUAGCCGUAACCGCAAACGGAGACAAGCAGGGAUACUAUGCCUGUGGCUUCUACGGCUAUCAGGACACCCUCUAUGCGAAGAGCGGCAAGCAAUAUUACUCCAACUGUUACGUCGAGGGCGCCGUCGACUACAUCUUUGGUAAUGCCGCCGCGUGGUUUGGCGAGUGCACUAUUGCCAGCAAUGGUGAUGGGUAUAUCACUGCGAGUUCCAGGGACACGGCGGCUGAUACCACCUGGUACGUGAUUGACUCCAGUCAUGUCACAGCCGUAUCCGGAUACACAGGAGUCGUAUAUCUCGGCCGCCCAUGGCACGAUUUCGCGCGCGUCAUCUACCAGCUCACCGAGCUCACUGCGGUGGUGCGACCUGAUGGAUGGUUAUGUUCGACGACAAACCCGGAAUUCCGCGAGUUCUCCAAUACGGGAGCUGGUUCCAGCACGUCGGCGAGAAAUUGUUUGGAUACUCCGACUACUGCGAAGGUUUCGAAGGAUACGCUGUUUGGUAGCGACUGGAAGACCUGGAUUGAUACGACUUGGUAG